AACUAUGUUUCGCGCAAGUGAAAAAAAUUCAGCACCCGAAUGUGAUUGUGACUAUAUACUGACAGGAGAAGGACUGGAGCCUCAUUAUCAAAAUUGUAGCACGGUGUGGCGUAAGCACUAUGGAUCAUCUUCUCCUAAAAAUCCUGACGGCACGUUUCGAUUGAGGAAUGAACAUCUUUCUAAGCUGAAUCAAGAUGUUUUGUAUCAUUUGGGCUUAGAUAAUGAGAAUUAUGACUUGCCGAAAAUGUUCGGAGACGUUAAGUUUGUAUGUAUGGGUGGCACAAAAUACAGGAUGAAGGAAUUCGCUAAAUACAUAGCUAAAUCUUUGGCUAUACCUUGUGAAGAUUUUGUAAAUAUGACUAAGCAUUCGCAUAGAUACGCCAUGUAUAAAGUAGGGCCAGUGCUUUCUGUUAAUCAUGGAAUUGGAAUUCCAUCAAUGACGAUUCUACUUCAAGAAGUAAUAAAACUAUUGAGUUAUGCGAAAGCUAAAGACCCUAUUAUUUUCAGAAUAGGGACGAGUGGUGGUUUAAAUAUAUCACCUGGAUCCGUUGUAAUUUCGUCGUGGGGUCUAAACGGGACAUUGGAGAAAUCGUAUGAUAUCCCAGUAUUGGGUAAAAUAAGAAAAAUUCCAUCGCACUUUGACAAACGUUUGAGUGAAGAGUUGCUUUCAAUUGCAUCCGAAGAAAAAGAUUUUUCCACUUAUAUAGGUGGAACGAUGGCCGCUGAUGAUUUUUAUCGAGGUCAAGCUCGUUUGGACGGUCCAUUCUGUGAUUACACUGAAGAAGACAAAAUGGCAUUUAUCAAAACUUUAGUGGAAUUGGGAGUUAAGAACAUAGAAAUGGAGGCAACUGCCUUUGCUGCCAUGACGAGAGAAGCUGGUUUGAGAUCAGCGGAUGUCUGCGUUACUUUGGUCAAUAGAUUGGAAGAAGAUCAGGUUACUCCAUCUAAGUCCAAGUUACUAGAGUGGCAAGAGAGACCCAUGUUAGUGAUUGCGAAAUACAUCUCACUAUACGUCAAAAAAUAUAAUAAACCGGCCAAGAACGAUUAGGAGUCACGGAUAUCCGACUUACUCUUGAGUGAUGACUUUUUAA